AUGGCGAUGAUCGGGGCCAACCUAAGGUUCGGAAUCGGCGCAUCGGGUAACGUGUCGUCGAAUGCGACGAAGGUGUUCCAGUGUCAUCCGGGUGGUGCCACGGAAGCCACGAUCAUCUUCAUCCUCGAGUUUCGAGGAAAAGCAAGAGUGAGAGAAUUUCCAGGAAUUUCACUUAAUCCCAAGAGGAACAAACGACAACCCGGCAGCCGUCUAACAUGUUUGAUCAUGCGUUUCAGGUGGUCGCAAGGACUGCUGUUCCACCAGGCGAUGGUGGAUUGCGCUCGAGCAGCGAUUUUAUUGCCCCUCGGAUCGAGCAUCCUGAACUGUCAGCCAAUGACCAAGUGUUCCCUGGUCGAGACAGCGUUUCUACUGCUGGUGACAGUCUCGACGGUGAACAUGUUGACGACAGUACUGAACGACAGCCCGAUUUUUCCGGAGACAGACGAGGAGGCGGAUCUGGCGGCUCCUCUGCUCAUGGACUCGCCUCAGUGCGUUUUAUUCGGAACAUUCAUGAUCUGGUUCGCGAGUAUCACGAUCAACCUGGGUCCGACAUUUUUGAGCGGUGCUUUGGCCGCGAACACAGAAUCGGGUCAUAAUGCACCCAGCUGUCCCCUGGUACACGGCCCCUUCCGCCAUUACAUACUGAACGUCCUCUGGAUCGCCAUCAACAUGAUCUGCGUCGCUCUCACCCUCAUCCAUCUCAGGAAACUGCACAAAGACCUGACCAAGGCGAACGUCGAAGCGGUAAAGGUAGCACUACUAACGAUUUUCGUGAAUACAACGGGUAACCAACAAACGAACGCGGUUCCUGAAAAUUCUGCCGCAUCUGCGAACGGUGGCACGCCCAAGAGAAGCGCAGCGGCAGAGGAGCACCAGAAAAUGAGGAACUACUUAAAGAGGAUGGAGAGGGAAGGCGUGCAGAGGGUGAAGAUGUUCCUGGUGAUCACGGCCGCGUACGGGAUCCUCUGGGGACCACUGUUCUUCGUCACCCUGGUGGAUCAUCCCAUCAUAGGGAAUCCAACUGGCUACGAGGUGACUCUACAUAUCGCGUACGUUCACGCGUUCGUGAACCCCGUGCUCUUCCUGGGUCUGCAUCGAGGCCUGCGACAAGGCCUCUCAGAGUUCUUCUGCGGCUGCUGCGAGGUGAUAGCCAGCUUGAUACUGGGUCCAAGCAUCCCCGUGGAGAGUGUACAGCCGCCACGGUACCACGAACCUAUCGAGGCGGUCCCAUCACCACCUGAACCGCCACUGGUGCAGACAAACGCAUGUCCCGAUCUCACAGACGUCGCGUUACUCAAGCCACCGUUGCCACCGACCGGCAAACACUUAUUGGACGACUCCAUGAUCGUACCGCCGGAUCCUUGGAUUGUGGUAUCGAUAUCGAAAAGCACGUCAAGCGUUUACGAGGAAGAUAUUAGUAGAAGAUCGAGCAUUUUGUUACCUCCGCCCCUGAAACUGACCGACUUGAAAGUGAACCUCAGCCCUACCAGCAGCGAUCUAGCCAGCGAAUGA